AUGCCCCCCAAAAAAACCACUACAGACUCAAGGUCUGUCACCCUGCUCUUCAAGAAGCACAAAACCACGAUUCUCCUCUCCCUGCAGCCACACGAAAAACUCCAAUCCGUGAAACAGAAGGUGCUACAUGCUCUAAAGGAGCGCGAUGUCCGCGAAAUCAACGGCGGAAUCGUCCCCGACGACGCAGCUGAGAUCGAGUUCGGCAUACCGAUUGACCGCAGUGAUUUGGAGAAAGGAUGGACACGCCUAAAGACGAAUACAUCAAAUGAAGAAACUGGAAAGAAUAGUGGCAGAGCUCUGGCAGACACAGUCUUAGAUGCUGAUCUUGGAAAUGGAAACUGGGUUGCAUUCCGCUUUCGCAAGGAUAUGAAAGCAGAGGAAUCCAAGGAAGACGAGGAAGACGGAACCGCCAUGAGCCUUGAUCUAGAUGACCCUGGUUGGGAUGUGGUUGUACCAAGCUUCGAAGAGGAAGAGGAGGGACCUGAGGAAACAUAG